AUGGCGCUGUCGACGCUGGCAGCUGCGCAGCGGGCACUGAAGUGGCUGUUUUGUUCAGCGCAGCCGGCAGCUGCCCAGGACAACAGCAAAGGCGGGAGCGAAGAAGAAGAAGGAGGAGGAGGCGAUUCUUUGCGGCGAGCCGUCGAGGAGGCGCAACUUUUGGCCAAUGACGACCAAAGCGAACAGCACAACCACGACAACAACCGCCACAGCAGCAGCGGGCACAUUCACAGCCUCGACAACAACCAAGACGCAGCAGCAGCGGAGAUGGGAGACUACAUCGUCGACAAGGAAAACAUUGCCCCUGCGGCCGCAGACGUGGCGGGCGUCACGGCGGCGCUGGGCCAGCUCAAACUGGCCAGUCCGAAGGGCGAGCUUGUCCGGCAGCCCUUUUCGUCGUCGCUCGUGGCCAGGGAGGCCGUGGUCGGCGAGGAUGCCGAGGUUGUGAGGGAGAGGGAGCAGAAUCUGCGCUUCAUUGGGGAGGCGCUCGACAUGGCCCGCCUCGCUCUUCGCACCAACGAAACACCCGUCGGCUGCGUCCUCGUCCACAAGGGCCAGAUGAUUGCCAAGGGCAUGAACGCGACCAAUGUCACGCGCAACGGCACCCGCCACGCCGAGCUCAUGGCCAUCUCGGCCCUCCUCUCCGUCACGUCGGACACGGGCCCGCGAACCACGUCGCUCCGCCCCAAGCAGCAGCCGCCGCGGCGGGGCAGGGAGGUGUCGUCGUCGCUCGACAGCUCGUCGCUCGACUCGAGGAGCGGUGGCGACGCGGCGCCCCCCGACCAAGGCAACGAGGACGGCAGCAAGGGCCACCUGUACCCCUACGGACAGAAGCUGCACGCCAGCGGACGCGUGGACCGGCGCAUCCUGCACGACAGCGUGCUGUACGUGACGGUGGAGCCGUGCGUCAUGUGCGCGUCGCUGCUGCGGCAGUUUGGCAUCAAAAAGGUCUACUUUGGCGCCGUCAACGACAAGUUUGGCGGCACGGGCGGCGUCUUCAGCAUCCACGCCAACUCGCUGCCCGUGGGCGCCGACGGCUCCCCGACGGCGUCGGCGCACCCCCUGGCGCCGCCUCGACAGCAGUCCCAGCUCCCCGAUAGCAGCGGCACGCUGGGCACGUCGUAUCCGCCCGGAGGCGGCGAUGGCGGCAACGUGGAGCCCGGGUACGAGAUUGAGGGCGGAUGGGGCCGCGACGAGGCCGUGGGCCUGCUGCGCCGCUUCUACGUGCAGGAGAAUGGACGAGCCCCCGUCCCGCGAAAGAAGGAAGGCCGCGCCGCCCGCCUGGCCGCCAUGAUUGAAAAGGACGGCACCGGGGUGGCGGCUGCGGAUGCGGCUGCCCCUGGUGCAGUUCCCGCUGGUGGUGGUGGUGGUGGUGCCGAGGGCCCAGACGAAGCGACGACGACGGCCGACCAGCAGCCGUCGCCGGGGUCGGUCGAGAGCCGCAAGGAGAACCUGGCGCCGGUUGACGACGACGGCGGCGACGACGACGACGACGACGACGACGAGGGGGUAAGCGAGGGCAAGGCGGAGUCGAGUAGCGACGAUGACGGCGUGGACAAUGAGUUUUACCUGGGCCUUGCGGAGAGGGCGAGGCACCGGGGCAACUAUGCGCCCUAG